CUUUUUUAUCGGUGGAAUUUUUUUUAUGUGUUUGAGAAAGCCAUUGGUUCUACUAUAUACGAUUUUGAGACUUGCAAUUUGUGUUGGCUAAUCUGAGAGUUCAAAGAGAGUUUUGAUGUUCACUACCUGCAUGGUAUUUUAAGCUUAAAGUGUUUCAGAAACAUUGCAGUAUUGCGAAGGAAGUUUACGCUAAAAGAGUGCAUCGGAUGGAAACGGCUGCAGGAGGCUCUACUAGUGAGUGAACUUUACCACCAGGGCCCUACAAGUGUCAGGGACAACAGAACACCCCUCCGUUCCUUACCGGCUUGAAGCGCAAAUUAUGAAAAUGAACAGCCUCUCCAGGAGCAUCGAGGACCAGAGAAACAUUGGCGAGAGUCCCUCUCACAAACCGGAGACGUCUAGGUACCGCAGCUGGAGCAGCCUGCGCUUCUCGAGGUGGAGAAGCGGCUCACAGAGAACGACCCCCCCCGCCAGCCCAUCCCCGAAGCCAGAAAAGAGGGCCGAUGUGACCAAGACGCUCUUCUCCUUGGUCCAGACUCACAAUGACGACUACACGGCAGAUCCGGAUGGCCUGCUCGACACCCACGAGGAGGGCCAAGUAGAGAGCGACUGCACAAGACCCUCACCGGAACAGUCGCCCAUCUUCCAGAAGCAGUUGGGGUCAAUGUUGCAGCCCGGGGUCAACAAGUUCUCCCUGCGCAUGUUCGGUAGCCAUAAGGGUGUUGCUGCUGAGCAGGCCAGGGUCAAGAGCUUUGGAGUGUGGAUCAUCCACCCUUACAGUGACUUCAGGUUUUACUGGGACAUCGUGAUGCUCCUGCUGAUGAUGAGUAAUCUGGUCAUUUUGCCCUGGGGAAUCACCUUCUUUGAAGACCAGAACACCAUGCCCUGGAUCACCUUCAACGUCCUGUCGGACACUCUCUUCCUCAUGGACCUGGUUUUCAAUUUCCGCACGGGCAUCCCGGUAGAGGACAGCCACAUCAUCCUAGACCCCAAAAAUAUUCGCAUGCAUUACCUUCGCACCUGGUUCCUGGUGGACUUCAUCUCCUCCAUCCCCGUUGACUACAUCUUCCUUGUCGUUGACCUGGAGUCCCUGCAAGAUUCGUCUGACGUGUACCGCACCGCCCGCGCCCUCCGCAUCGUGCGCUUCACCAAGAUCCUCAGUCUGCUGCGUCUUCUCCGACUGUCUCGCCUCAUCCGCUACAUUCACCAGUGGGAGGAGAUCUUCCACAUGACUUAUGACCUGGCCAGCGCUGCCGUGCGCAUCGUCAACUUGAUUGGUAUGAUGCUGCUUUUGUGUCACUGGGAUGGCUGCCUGACCUUCAUGGUGCCUAUGCUACAAGAUUUCCCCCCAGACUGCUGGGUUUCCAAAAACAACAUGGUGAAUUCGACAUGGCACCUUCAGUACUCCUACGCCCUCUUUAUGGCCAUGAGUCACAUGCUGUGUAUAGGAUAUGGCGCCCACCCUCCAGAAGGCUUAACUGACGUUUGGCUCACCAUGAUCAGUAUGGUGGUGGGGGCCACCUGCUACGCCAUGUUCCUCGGUCAUGCAGCUAACCUGGUCCAGUCCUUGGAUGCCUCACACCGCCAGUAUCAAGAGAAGUAUAAGCAAGUGGAGCAGUACAUGUCGUUCCAUAAACUGCCAGCGGACGUAAGACAGCGGAUCCAUGACUAUUACGAGCAGCGAUUCCAGGGCAAGAUGUUCGAUGAGGACAGCAUCCUUGGAGAGCUCAGUGAUCCGCUGAAGGAGGAGAUAGUCAGCUAUAACUGCCGUGGGCUUGUAGCCAACAUGCCACUGUUUGCCAACACCGACCCUCAUUUUGUGACAGUGAUCCUGACCAAGCUGCGCUUCGAAGUCUUCCAACCCGCCGAUUUGAUCAUACGAGAAGGAACUCUGGGACGGAAAAUGUACUUCAUCCAGCAUGGCAGUGUUACUGUCAUCCCGCGUGGCAGUAAAGAGAUUACGCUCAACGAUGGAGCUUAUUUUGGAGAGAUCUGCCUGCUAACCCAAGGACGACGCACAGCCACCGUGAGGGCUGAAACCUACUGUCGUCUUUACUCCCUGAGUGUGGAGAGUUUCAACGAGGUCCUGGAGGAGCAUCCUCUAAUGAGGAGGGCGUUUGAGAGUGCGGCUGUGGACCGACUGGGCCGGGUGGCCCGCAGACCCAGUUACCAGCCUCCACCAAAUGAGUGACGUCCUUAGUACCAAUUAAGAGAGACUCCUACCGGAAAUUAGGAGGAUAGUGUCCCUCGACCACACAACAAAGAAACCUUGGUUGUAAAUGUUACUGAUUGCGGUUUACUUUAGUGCUCAAUGAUGGAUGUACAACCUCAGUUUUAUUUAUUGUCACAUUUUUGCUGCACAUGGUUCAGAAUAUUCCACCUUCAGUUGAUUUUGUUUUGUUUUCAGUUGCCUGCCUUCUAGGACUACAGUAUCAUAAUCCUUUCCAUCAUUCAUACGUGCACGGCUGAAUGUAGAGCUGAUUAUUAUGAUCCCUCAGAUCUAAAGGUUCUAUCAAGUAACAGUUAAGUACAAAUGUUCAGUGAGAAUAAGCUGCUGUGAUGUAAUAACUCCAGCAGAGACAGAUUGUAGACGGUUAUGCAUCACUGUUUAAAAUCCCACAUUUAAUAGUACCCAAACAUGAACAAGUAAUCUAAAAGAAAAUCUUCUACAAUCUACUUUUGGAUUUAUUCAAUUCAGUGUCCGGUAUUAUUUGAA